ACGCUCAGGAAGUGGAUUAAACCACCAAAGAUUCCCGCAGAUUCGAUAGCGAUUGUCCCAUUAGUUUAACAAUUGUUUAAAUGUUUCUGGAUUAUAUUUGAGACGAUAAUGCUGAAUGGUUGCGCUCAUGAAAUUCACCAGAGAUAUAUGCAGGCUGUUGGGACUCGGAAGCGGUCCUGCUGUUCAACAGCAGGAGGAGCAGAUGGACUGUGGUGCUGCAAACCCUGACCCAAGUCAUGAUGCCCCUUUGUCACAGGAAGCAUUAAAUGAAGAGGAAGAUUUGAGUGAGGAUGAGAAGGUCAGACAGAAAGCUGAGCGACGGAGAGCCAAGAGGAAGCGCCGUCGAAAACGGAAGAAACAAGAGCAGAUUAAGCAGAAUGACAGUGUUGAACAGGAGGAUGAAGAGGAAGAUGGAGGUGGAGAGUCUGAACUGGAUGAGAGUGAGUCAGAGGCAGAUAUCAUUGCUGAAGAAGAGAAACAAAGUGCACAAAAAGAGGAGCAAAAGGAAGCAAAGCCAACAGCUUCACACAAGUACGAUUCCACUGAGGUCAUGGCUGCUGCAGGAAUCAAAGGACACCAGAAGACAAAAGCCAGGACCACUGAAGAGGAACCAGAGUGGGAUGUGAGCAGUGCCUUCUUUGCUAAUGCUGCUAGUCAUAUUAAACCCAAAGGAUCAAGACGCAAGUCCAAAGAAAACAAGGAGAAUGAGGCCAAGAGAGAGACAAAUGGAACUGACACCAUGACUAAGAAAAGUACUUCACUGACAGAAAAAGGGAUAAAGCUGGUGCAAGAGGGUCAGUAUGCACAAGCAGUCAGCAUGUUUACAGAAGCCAUCAAAUGUGAUCCAAAGGAUUACAGGUUCUUUGGGAAUCGUUCUUAUUGCUAUUACUGCUUGGAGCAGUAUCCUCUGGCCCUGGCAGAUGCUGAGCGCUCCAUUCUGCUGGCUCCGGAGUGGCCCAAAGGAUACUUCCGCAAAGGCAGUGCUCUCAUGGGCAUGAAGCGGUACAGUGAGGCAGAAAAGGCUAUGGAGCAGGUGCUGAAACUGGACAAAGACUGUGAGGAAGCCGUCAAUGACCUCUUUAACUGCAAAGUGCUGCAGUUAAUGGAUCUUGGUUUUGAUGAGGUGCAAAGUGUCAUGCUGCUGGAAAAAUUUUCAACUGUGCAGGCUGCUCUGGCAUCUUGUCCUGAUACAGCUAGAGCUGGGGGCCAAGAUACAGCAAUUGUGCAACCAGGAAGCCCUUGCCCAUCUCUUUGGGUAGGAAAUGUGACAACUGAGUUAACAGAGAAACACUUGUGGGACCUUUUUAAAAUGUAUGGUGAGAUAGAGAGUAUUCGUGUGCUGCAUGAGCGAUUCUGUGCCUUUGUCAACUUUAAGAAUGCAAACAUGGCAACCCGUGCCAUGGAGAAACUAAAUGGUUAUUGUAUUGAGAACACACGCUUGGUGGUGCGCUAUCCUGACCGUCGCACUCAGAGGGUCUUCCCCUUUCCACUUAAGACCUGUCUUCCUGUCACACAGCAGGCAGGAGCUGCUGCUGGUCCUCGAAGACGUGGUCCAGUAAACGGAGACGAGUGUUACUUCUGGAGAACCACUGGCUGCCAUUUUGGGGACAAAUGUCGCUACAAACACAUUCCUGAUCAGAAGGGGAAGGACAGGAAACCAUUUCAACCUUGAACCCAGUUUAAGCCCUGCCUCUGUGGUGCACAGAAAACUGAGAUACACCAACUGUGCCAUUGGAGCUGGUAUUUACUGAAUUGAGAUCUCUAGGCUUAAAAUAUUUGCUGUGGUAGAAAGGACUAGAAUAGUAAAGGAUCAGAACCAGAUGUUGGGCUCUCAGUGAGGGAUAGUCGCACAUGAGCCACAAAGGACUGAGAGCAUGAGGGGUGCUUUUUCAGCCUUCAAGAUCAGACUGGAUUAUAUUGCUCAGUAGUUCAAGGGAGCAACAAACCUUCAUAUUUGCAGGCCUCCAAAGCACAUGGCGACUUAUUCCCUCUUUAAGGGACACUAAACAUCACAUCAAAAACCAGCAACAUACAAUGGAAGUAAAAUUAACUUGGGCCACAUCAGUAGUUUCGCUGUUAUUCCAGGGACCUUCCUUUUUUUAAAAAAAAGAAAGUGUUCUCCAGUUUUCGAUAUUUAAAAAGUACUUGUUGUUCACAGCUGCUUUCAUCUCACAUCAGUCUGCAGUUAAUCCUGGAGCUGCAUUCCACUUGUUCCUGUGCCUGUAUCAGCACCAGACCAAAGAUUUGCAACUGGAUGUACUUGAUAUUUCAGUACCUCCCUUAUGCAUUUUUUUAAAACCAAUAACAUACAGUGAUCCAGGGUGCCUUAAAACUCUUCUAUGUACCCUUAAGAUGAUUAUAAGUGGGUAAUUGGACUAAAGGAUUAUAAAGUUGUUUAAUGCAUGGAUUAAUUGCAUAUUUCACUUUAUUUACCAACUGGCUGCCCUUGUGUUGAGAGAUUGAAUACACUUAUUGGACGUGAGAUGAGUUGUGACAAGUUAUGGAGACACUAACUGUGAUAAAUUAAGGGUCUGGUUGAAGAAAUGGCAAAACCUGACAAGAUUAUGUAGCCAUGUAAAAUCGGCCCUUAACAGAAAAGCUGUACUGCUCGGGUAUUGUUUUAUCUCACAAGCAGUUUUGAAACUACAGUUUUUGGAUCCUGGUUUUCUGGACUGCAUGCAAUUAUCAAGUGUAAAAAGCUUUAGAUCUGCAGGCUUCUUCAUCCUCCUUUGUGGAUUAUAAGACUGAGUUUUCAACAAUUAUACCAUCAGCAUUUGGAUAUUCAGUAUACAUUUACUUUCCAAACUUUUAAGUUUUAUAUCUAUGCAAAAAAGAGGUUUCAGACAUACUUGCAGCCACAAUGUCUGCCACAAAUAGUCACACACAGCAACAUUGUUAGAAAGAUUUACUUUUGAACCUUUAGAAGCAGUGUUUAUUACCUUAGGGCCUCCAUUUCAGUAUUUCAGUGAGCUAAAUGGUUCUGCUUUGAAAAUGGCCUCAUUCUAUCAUGUGUUUGGACACUAAAAGUUGCAUAACAAGCCCACUGGCAUGUGUUUGUAUCAUCCACUAAACAACAACUACAUCUAAAGUCCACACUACGUUCACCAGUAAACUAUGCAUUACAUAGUGAGAGUAUUUAUUUAGCUAUUUAUACAUUUUUUUUUCUUCAUUUUUAUAGCAAACUAUUUUGAAAACAGAUUUUACUUUUCAUUUAUUUUAUGACUUUAACUUUAAAAAUGUAUGUAUCUUAGAACACCCCUCAUCUGUUUUUUUUUUUUUUUUAGGCUUUACAAGGCAAACAUUAAGAGCCAUUUGGUGCAAACACUGUCACAUGCUGCACUUCUGCUUUUCUUGUGUUACUUUCUGUCUCGUAGCUAAAACUUGGGAAAAAGGAAGUGGAAACCGAGCUUAAAACUGCUCUUGUUCAUGUAACGUACUUGUUCAUUUCUUGUUUGACUGGUGCUGUUAAAGAUCUCUUUGCAGUACAAUAAAUUGUGUAGACUUUUAUCAUUUUUUUUUAGUAUAGCAUUUUUUAAUUUCAUUAUAUGAAUAUUAUAAAUUUGACUUUUAAUGUUUGCUUUUUUGUUCUUGGUCUCUUUACUAUGUUUCAGACUUUUUCGGUCAAAUAUUUUUCAAAUUAUGUUCACAAUUAUAACUUGGACACUGCAAUCUUAUUUAGUAAUCCCACAAAUAUUUUGCAUUACUGCACCCGAAAUAAGAAUCUUUUUUUAUUUAAUAAACAUAUAUUGACUAUCAAUGUCUGAGUGUCUACAUAAGUGGGAAGAAAGUGAGAAAUGCAGCUUUUUGAUUUAUUUUAUUGCAGUGAAAUUUGUUUCUGCACUCCACAAGAUGGCAGAGUUGUAUUUGAAAGGUUUGUACUGAAAUCUCUUCCCCUUAUGCUUUGCAUAUGCACUUUUCAUUUUUAAUUACCAGGAUCCAUUAUGUUUCUUUAAGUACCUUCUGAUGCUCAAAACCCUGACAUAGUAAAUCAAGGCGGACCAGUCCAGUGUGGGCAGAGCACGGUAACCCUCUCAUCAUUAGUAGCAGACAUUUGUGUGGCCAACAACCAACCAAAGGAAGAGUGAAAAAACUUGAGAAAGAAGAACAGAUUCCACCUGCAAAUGCAUGUGUAAGCUUUGCACUAUGUUGCUAAAGUUUAUAGUUUACUUAU